AUGUCUCUCCAGGUCAACGACCCACGGUCGCGAGGCCGGUCCAGGUCCCCCAGCGGCCGGACCCGUGAUCGUUCCACGUCCCGCGACCCUCGCCUGCCUUCUCCUGGCCCUGGCCCCGAUCCCGCAAGGAAGAGCGGUUAUCUACUCGCCGAAACUGUCGACGAGAAAGCGCGCACGAGGUCCAGAAGUCGGGGCGCCAGCCCCCUCCGUGGUUACCGUAAGACGUCUCGCUACGACUCUGACUCGGAGCACGAGCGUGAACGCGAGCGGGAACGCGAGGCUAGAGAUUCAUAUACACGCUUACGGAACGAUCGCGACUACUACUAUCAUUCCGAUUCUGGAGAGAGUCGAGGCGCGACGAAGCGGAGCAGCCAGCGGUAUUCUCAGCCGCCGCAGCGGAGUUCCGCGCAGCUUGAUGCGUAUUCGGAUGAAGACAUUUAUUCGGAUUCAGACGAUGAUUUAGCCUACGGCGAUAUUCCUGGAAGUUUGGAGCGUGGAUACUAUGGGUACAAGGGCAAUUCCGCCGCGACGCGGCCUCCUUCAGAGAAGCCGCUCAUGACGGGAGCGCUCAAUGCGGGAACUAGUCCUAGGCAUAGUGCAGAGGCAGUCAGUGGCUAUUCUAGAUAUGCCCCAGGUCACCCUGCGCGCACGGGGCCGCCUACUUCAGAGACACAGUCUGCCUGGGCACCUGUACCAGAUUGUGAGAAGCCGGGCUUCGUGCCGCCGACAUCUGCAGGGGAUUCAAUGCCCGGGGCGUUUCCGACCACGACCUCGGGCUUGCCCACCACGCAGUAUGUUAGCUCGGACCCUGUGCAGAAUCCGUAUGUCCAGUGGAAUACGCAGCCUCCGACAUCUGGCGCGCCAUAUGCCGCACCCGUGAGCGCGGCGAGCCAUCAACGCAAUCCUUCGGGAGACCCCAAUCUCUACGCCAACCCACCUGCUUUUAAGUAUGCGCAAAUUGACCCCAAUGUCCGGUACUCGGCGAAGCCCGCGACGGCAACUACGUACGCACCGCCUUCCAAGGCCAGUGGCCAGACAAGCGACGGCCAAUACGCCGGGGUUAGGUAUACUACAGCCCCUCAGUACUCGACCACGGCUACGAGUGGAUCACAGUAUGUUGAGAUUGCGCCGGGAAGUCGACAUACUCGUCCGGCCAGCCUCAGCGUCUCCACCAACAACCUGAGUGUUUCUGGUCCUGAUCCUAAUAACCCACCGGCCAGCCCAUUGCUAGAGGCAUACAAGGGGACAUACCAAAGCAUAUCCCCCAUGCCGUCGCCGAUCCUGAUCGCGCCUAGAGACGACGAUGUCUCUGACCUCGAACCGCUGGAUCACAGCACAGAUAGCGAACGGCGAAGAAGACGCAAGUCCAAGAAAUCCAAAGACGAAGAAGGAGGCCUCAAGGAGCCCAAGAGCGAUCGCUCUAAACGAGGAAGCAGCCGCAUACGGCAUGGACGCCACGAAUCCAGAGACUCUAGAGGCGGCGGCCCCGAUUCUGUUGCCCUGGUAUCUCCUAGCACAGACCGACGGAAAGAGGUAUCCUUCUACGAUGCCACAGACGACGCCCUCGCGCUGCGUGACGCCCUUUCGCACUCGCGAAACAUUGACACCAAAACUCUAAUCCAGGUGCUCCCUCACCUAACCAAUCACGAGAUGCUCGACCUCCGAAAGGAAUACAAGAAGCACGUUAAGAUCCACGGCAAGGGUGUCAACCUGGCCAAACACAUUCGCGUCAAAUUGGGCAACAGCGCCUUCGGCAAAGUCUGCUACGCAACCGCCCUCGGCCGCUGGGAAUCGGAAGCCUUCUGGGCAAACUGCUAUUACCAGUCUGGCUCGUCCAGACGCGAGCUCCUCAUCGAGUCCCUCUUUGGCCGCAGUAACGGCGAGAUGCGCGAGAUCAAGGAAUCCUUCAAGGACUCGCGGUACCUCGACAGUCUAGAGAAGUGCAUGAAGGCCGAGCUGAAGGCAGACAAGUUCCGCACAGCGGUCCUACUCGCGCUCGAAGAGGGCAGGCAGAGCGAGCGCGAUCCCAUUGAUGCUGAGCUUGUCCAUCGUGACGUCCAGGCUCUCCAUGCAGCUCUUGUUUCACGGAACGGUGGCGAGACGGCCAUGAUAUAUAUCAUUGUGCGCCGGAGCGACUCGCAUUUGCGCGAGGUCCUGCGCGCCUACGACAAAAUCUACCAGCGGAACUUUGCGCGGGAUAUGAUUCAGAAAUCUCAAAAUCUUGUGGGUGAAACUCUAGCACAUAUUUUGAAUGGAGCAAUCAACCGACCUAUGCGCGAUGCACUUCUUCUCCAUCAGGCUCUUCGGGAGUCCCGGUCUGGUAGAGAGAGAUCGGAGUUGUUGAUUUCCAGACUUGUUCGCCUCCACUGGGAACCGAGACAUCUUGAGAAUGUAAAGGUUGAGUUCCGGCGGCGAUAUGGCGAACGACUGGAGGAGGCUAUUGCGGAGGAAAUCUUGCCCAGUAGUGGUGGGAGUGAGUGGGGAGAGUUCUGCAUACAGUUGGCGCGCAGCUCGAAGACGCAUGCGGCAAAGAGAUGA